AUGUACUACGGAGAUCUAAUCAACGGUAUUUGCUACACAGCUUUUCUUCCCGUGUACUUUUACCUUUGGCUCCAAGAGAAGGACUUGGGUCGACGCAGCGCCGCUUCAAGUGUUGUGGCUGCGUUCGCGUGGACAGCUGCCUUUUCUUGGUUGUCCUAUUUUCUCAAAAAGCCCAAUCUUUCAGUAAUGGCGUUAAUGGGAAUGUCCUCUUCCAUUUAUUACAUGAACAUCCACCAAUGGCCACACGCGGACGAGCUUGUGGUGCUUCCACAAUUUCUUUGGUCGUUGCUCAUUUUGAGUGCAAACCGGCCUUUAACGUUUCCGUUUCAGUUCGCGUUGGCAAUGGUAGCCUUGCUAACAGCCGUUUAUGUUGCUGCGAAGGAAUCCUCACAGGCAGUACUGGAUACCUUGCCUGUGCUAGGAGGUGCCACAUCUAUGCACAUAUGGUUUCACUACUACGCCACAUACCUACGCAAAAAGUCUCACGGUUUUGUCAGUGCACAUGUAGCCUCGCUUGUCUUGGCCGGUUCCUUUGCAUAUCACGCUUCCAGCGAAAUUGUCACCAUGUAUCGUUCUCCCGGAUACGGCUCUCAAGGGGGAUAUAGCAUCUUACGGGCAGGAUUUUUUGCUUUGGUUGGUUUGGCAGCUGCUGGUUCCUUCCAACUCGAAAUGGACUCGAAAGAAGCUUUAGAACGGCUUGUCGAUGAACGCGCAAGAGAACUUACGAAACAAGCAGCUCACUUGCGAGUACUUGAGCACGCUUUGCAAGCCUCUGAGACAGCCAUAGCUAUUGUUGAUGUAUCGCAAAAGGUUUUGUGGUCCAACAGCUCGCUUCAAGAGCUGGUGGCUGUCUCCCCAGUCAAGCUACAAGACUCAAAUCUGUUCAAGGCAUUGCAAUAUCCAGAUGACAAAGUCGUGCAAAGCUUUCCACCCGUCCAUGCUAUUACUGAAGAAAUUGUUCUUCGCAAAAGACACAUGUCAGUCGAAAUGACGCCGUUUCCGGCGGAUGCGAAGAAAAACAACGAAAACCGGUUCCUCGUCGCUUUAAAGGAUAUGACAUCCCAAAGAGCUCGGGAACGCGCCGAGAAAGCGGCGGAAAGGGAGGCGCUGAUAGCGCAAACCAUGAAUGAAAGUAUGCAGAAUCUUAGUCACGAGCUCCGCACGCCACUACAGGGUAUUAUGGGUAUGGCGAGUCUCGUUCUGGAUGAACCAGGCUUACCUCCGGAUGUGACGGAAAGUAUGUCGAUGGUCAUAGCGUCAGCUCGUCUUUUAUUGACUCUCAUAAACAACAUGUUGGAUGUGCGUAAAUGUGAUGCUUCUAUGCUAGACGAGUUCCAGUUGACACCGUUUCGAUUGGUAUCAUCGCUAGAAGACGCCAUCACCUUCUGCAAGCCUUUUGCGAUCACAUCAGAAGUCAAGCUUGACCUGGAAAUCAACGACGACGAAAUGGAAGUGGAGUCAAAUGAUUUGCGCUUUCCGCAAAUCAUGAUCAAUUUGCUGUCAAACGCAAUCAAACAUAGCUGUAGCGGCGACCAAGUAAUCAUUCGAGCCAGCUCUAUGGAAUUGUCUGAGGCUGAGCAACUGGUGGAUCGAGCCUUGGUUAUAGCCCCCGGAGAACCUAGCUCUAAAGCUUUUCGCAAAGAGGACGGCCCCGUUGCCGUAGUAACUGUUACCGACCAAGGACCAGGUAUCCCGUUCGACCAACGGAUGCGUGUCUUUGGACGCUUUUCACAGCUGACUGAGAAUGUUCAAAAUGCUAUUAUCGGUAGCAAGGUGGGGCAGCCCUCAGGAACUGGCUUGGGAUUGAAUUUGUGUAUGAAAUUCGUGCAUCGAAUGAACGGCAGGAUUUGGGUCACCAACAAUCCUGAAAAAGGGUGCUCCUUCUCAUUCUACGUUCAUAGAGUCUUACAAUACGAUCGGAUGCGUGAGGUAUCCUUACCUCGAACCUGGAGUCAGAGCAUACACCAAGUCUUAAGACCAGUCCCGAGAAUUCCUCUCACCAAAGAAUUUCGGAUUGUUUUGGUGGACGAUACACUUAUAAACCUCAAGGUGCUUUCAAGAAUGCUCUCCAGGCUAGGAGUUCAAAAAAUGGCCACCGCAAAUAAUGGGAAGGAGGCCUUGGAUCUCCUGACGACAGAGGAUGACUUCAAUCUUGUCUUGACCGACAUACAAAUGCCAGAAAUGACUGGGAUAGAGUUGAGCCUUGCAAUACGUAAGCUACCCUUGAAGAGACAGCCGUUGAUUGUUGGCUUAACCGCUGACACGAGCGAUGCAGGAGAUGCGCGCUGUACUCAAAGUGGUAUGGCGACUAUUUUAAGGAAGCCUAUCACAACAAAUCAGCUCCACCACUUCUUACAAGAGGUAGAAGUCGAGUAA